CACACUAGUAUGUCAUACUUUUAUAUUUCGCUCUUAAAGUAUUUAAUUAUGAUUGAAUAAGUGUGUAAUAAAAUGGUCAUGUUCUUAUUGUAUUGAUUUAAAAUUAUGUCAAUAAUAACUUAAAAUAUAAUAUUCUUUUAACUUUUUAUGUUUUUGAGUUUAUAAUUUCGAUGAAACUGGAGUAACUGGGCAGAACAAUAUAUUAUAAAAUUGGAGUCAUAGAAAAUCGAGUAAAUAUGGUUGAUCGCGGGCGUCAAAGAAAAUACUAUGGAAAUUCAUUUAUUCAUGGAAUUUUAAUCGCAAUGAUAUUCGUGUCAAUAUCACACGCUAAUAGUUCAUUGAAAAUGGAGAACAAUGCGAUGGUUUGCUCGGAAUUCCUGGAAUGCCAGAAAUGUGCGAAACACGCCUUUUGCAGUUGGUCGUUAGACCUACAGAAAUGUCUGGUCACGCCGACGGAUUUAGGAAAUCUGACGGUGAACAUCGAAGGACACUGUCCACGGUUCACGGUGCCCAAGAAAUCCGUGCUCAGGGACGAGUUGUUCUCGUACACGGUGGUGGUGUCGAACGACAAGAACGAUUUCGUGACGUUUCUGAAAGACCGGAAAAUCACGUGUCAUCUGGAAGAAGAGAAACUGCCGGGGUACGUGCUGAACGACGAGAUAAAAUGCAAUACGAAGAGGCUGGCCGCGCAGAGGGACAAGCGGUUCAGGGCGCUGAUGAUUUACCACUAUUACAUCACGAUCGACGACGGCGUGAUAUUGCGGUACAACAACGACUCGGACAACUAUUUCGUGUACUACGACCACGAGUGCGACGGCGCGUCGAGGGACGACGAGUGCGUGACGUGCACGUGGAACGAGUACGGUUACAAGAACUACUACAAACGGUGUUCGGCGAAGAACCGGUGCGUGGGCCCGUACGAGUAUUACGCCAGGUGGCACGUGAACAACUACACCGGCGUGGUGGCCGGCGACGUGGACCGGGACGGCGGCGUGCGUCUGGAGUGCGCGGACGCCGAGAUCCGGUCCGUGGAACCGAUGACGGCGCCGUGGCUGGGCGGCACGACGGUGCGGUUCACGGUGGUCAACCACCACGUGAUGGCCGAGGGCAAGGAGGUGGCGGUGACGGUGGCCGGGCGCGAGUGCUCGGAACCGAAGAUGUGGCGGAUGCAGGACGACGCCCUGUUGACGGCGGUCUCGUGCACCAUGAUGCCGCCGGCCACGACGGACCGCCGCCGCAACCACGAGGGACCGGUCCGGUUGCAGUACACCGGCGACCCGCCCACGGUCACGGUCACGUCGUCGCUGGUCGUCGGGCUGGUGGACCCCGUCAUCACGGACAUGAGCCCGAGGUGCGGGUCCGCGGCCGGCGGUACGCUGUUGCGCAUCGGCGGCCGGUUCCUGGACGCGGGCACCACGUUGCGGGUGUCGGUGGGCGACUACGCGACCUGCGACCCGGUGGCCCUGUACCCGGACCUGUUGGUGUGCCUCACCGGCCCGGCGGCGGUCAGCGGGCCCACGGCCGCCCGGGUGAACGUGAUGUUCGACGGCCAGCUGAGCAAGUACGUGGGCGACGGGUCGGUGGUGUUCACGUACGCGGCCGUGCCCGCGCUGGACGCGGGACAGUCGCCGCACGGCAUCGCUUCGGGCGGCACAGCCGUCCACCUGCGCGGCCGACACUUCUCGUGCCUGCGGUACGCCAUGUUGUACGUGCACCACGGCGAGCGGUUGCACUACACCAGUUGCCGGUUGGUCAACGACACGCUGGCUGUGUGCCGGGCGCCCAAGCUGCCGUACAGCCACGUCGACUCGGCCUCGUCGCUCAAGUACGGGCUGCGCGUGCAGGACCCCGAGUACCGCGAGAUGGACCUGCCGCCGCCGCGGGACCCGCACGGCUACAGGCUGCACCCCGACCCGGUGCUCGUGGACUUCGUGACCGACGGUCACGCGGUCACCAUCAACGGCCGGGACCUGGACCACGGGUACCGGUCGCAAGACGACCUAACCGUCCGGUUCCGCGGCUCCGGCGGGGCGUGCGACGUCACGUCCACGGACCGCCGGCGGAUCGUGUGCGUGCCGGCCAACCCGGCGGCCGCCGACCUGGACACGGUGCCCGGCGUGAUCGUCACCAUCGGCGACACGUUCGCCUACGUGGUGAAGCGCAAACAGGACGGCCGGAGCCGCGGCCGCAACGGCGGUCCGCCCGAAAACGUCGUCACCGGCGUCAAGGUCGUCUGUCUGAUAGCCAUCGCUAUCGCGUGCGUCGCCGUUUACCGGACCAAGGCCAAACACCGGGUCGGCGCCACCGCGGCGGCGGCGGCCGCGUGCAACAACCCCACCACGACCACGAGGGCGGCGGUCGGAUAUCGCAACAACUGAUCCGCGUGGCCGCGGCGGAGGACGACCGGCCAACAUCCCGACACCGGCGCCGCAGUGACGAUGCGCAUCGUACGUUCUACACUCCCACUCACUCGCGGACAGAGACAUAAUAUAAUAUUACUACGUGUUAUUG